AUGGGGUCUGAGGACGCUGGUACCCAGAACCCAAGUUUUACAAUCAUGACAUUUUACCCAACCAUGGAAGAAUUUACAGAUUUCAACAAAUACAUUGCUUAUAUGGAAUCCCAAGGUGCACACCGAGCUGGCGUAGCCAAGGUAAUUCCUCCCAAGGAGUGGAAAGCCAGACAGACCUAUGAUGACAUCAAUGACAUCUUAAUAGCUGCUCCCCUCCAGCAGGUGGCCUCUGGGCAGGCAGGGGUGUUUACUCAAUACCAUAAAAGGAAGAAAGCCAUGACCCUGAGAGAGUAUCGCUGCUUGUCAAACAGUGAAAAAUAUCGGGCUCCACCACACCGGAAUUUUGAAGAUUUGGAGAGAAAAUAUUGGAAGAAUCGCAUCUAUGAUUCACCAAUUUAUGGUGCUGAUGUCAGUGGCUCCUUGUUUGAUGAAAACACUAAACAGUGGAACCUUGGGCACCUGGGAACGAUUCUGGACCUAUUGGAGCAGGAAUGUGGAGUUGUCAUCGAAGGCAUCAACACUCCCUACCUGUACUUUGGGAUGUGGAAGACCACCUUUGCUUGGCACACGGAGGACAUGGACCUUUACAGCAUCAACUACCUGCACUUCGGGGAGCCCAAAACUUGGUACGCGGUGCCCCCAGAACACAGCCAGCGCUUGGAACGUCUGGCUCAGGAGCUUUUCCCGGGCAGUUCCCGGGGCUGUGAGGCCUUCCUGAGGCACAAGGUGGCCCUCAUCUCGCCCACUGUCCUCAAGGACAAUGGGAUUCCCUUCAGUCGCAUGACUCAGGAGGCUGGAGAGUUCAUGGUGACCUUUCCCUAUGGCUACCAUUCUGGCUUCAACCAUGGCUUCAACUGCGCGGAAGCCAUCAAUUUCGCGACCCUGCGAUGGAUCGAUUCUGGCAAAGUCGCAUCUCAGUGCAGCUGCGGGGAGGCCAGGGUGACCUAUUCCAUGGAUGCCUUCGUGCGCAUCCUGCAACCCGAGCGCUAUGAGCUGUGGAAACGCGGGGAAGAUCGAAUGGUUGUGGACCACAGGGAGUCCAGGGCGCCAGCCAGCCAGGAGCUGAGCCAGAGCGAGAUCCAAGUGCUCAGGAGAGCCGCGCUGGGCCUGAGGCUCCUCCCACCCUGCCGGCCCCCAGACUUCCCUCAUGGUCCUGGUCAUCGUCCUCGGGAACUGGGGCUUCAGGAGCCGACCCUCCUGCCUGACGCCAAGAGGAGAGUCUUGCAGGGCACAGCACACUCAGUUGUGGGCACGGAGCCUCAUCCCCUAUCUGCUAAUGGAGGGUUGAUGCACGAGCCUGCACCUUUGAGCCCUGGACUCCUGUAUCCUGCCAUGGCAUCUGGCUGCUGCUGUGCCCCCGAUCUCCAACCCUUGGGGCCCCCACUGGAUCCCAAUAAUCAGAUGCACCCUGGCCCCUGCCUGCUAUCCCUGGACAGCAUUGACCUGGAUCUCCCUGACAUUGUCCCCCUGACUCCUCUCAAUGCCAUUGUGUCUUUGAAAUAG